AUGGACGACAGAGAGGACCGCCCCGAGGACGCUCUCCCCCACGAAGGGCCAGAAGCCGGGCACCCGAGGGCGGGGUAUGGGUGCCGCGGCAUGGAACACGUCAACCCGCGUGAGGGUCUGCCGCGCGUCAGCCGUGUGGUCGCGGGCAAGCUGCUUCCCCUGCCUCAGUUUCCCCUCCUGCCAGCGGGGCUGCAGAGGCGCGAGCAAGUGCAGAGCAUCCAGGGUCCCGCGCUUCGUGCGUGCGUUGUUUGGUUUGGGUCUCUCACAUCCCCUGCAGCAGGUGUCGGUGCCUCCGCGCGUGGAGGUGCCGACGUUGCCCCCUCUGUCCAUGUAGGCAUCGAAAUCGCCAAACAGAAGGGAGCAAGGUACCGGCUGGGCCCAGAGCUGGAAAUAUGCGGCUACGGAUGCUGGGAUCACUAUUACGAGUCGGACACCCUCUUGCAUUCUCUGCAAGUCCUGGCUGCCCUCCUGGAGUCUCCAGUCACUCAGGACAUCCUCUGCGACGUGGGGAUGCCCGUGAUGCACCGUAACGUCCGCUACAAUUGCAGGGUGAUAUUUCUCAACAGGAGGAUCCUGCUCAUCAGACCCAAGAUGGCCUUGGCCAAUGAAGGGAACUACCGCGAGCUGCGCUGGUUCACCCCCUGGUCCAGGAGCCGGCAGACGGAGGAGUAUUUCCUCCCUCGGGUGAUCCAGGACGUGACCAAGCAGGAAACCGUGCCCUUCGGCGACGCGGUGCUGGCCACGCGGGACACCUGCAUAGGGAGUGAGAUCUGCGAGUCUCUUCCCUCACCCGCUUCUGCCCGCAGCCCGCACAUCGCCAUGGGCCUGGACGGCGUGGAGAUCUUCACCAACGCCUCUGGCAGCCACCACGUGCUGCGCAAAGCCCACGCCAGGGUGGACCUGAAGGGCAAGUGUGUGGUGGCCGCAGGCUGUGGGCCUCCUGAGCGCGGGCGUUUCUUCCUGGGGACACGCAGCGGCAUCUACCUGCUGGCCAACCAGAAGGGCUGCGACGGGGACCGGCUCUACUACGACGGCUGCGCCAUGAUCGCCAUGAACGGCGCCGUGUUCGCGCAGGGAUCCCAGUUCUCCCUGGACGAUGUGGAGGUGCUCACCGCCACGCUGGACCUGGAGGACGUCAGGAGCUACAGGGCCGAGAUGUCCUCCCGGAACCUGGCGGCCAGCAGGGCGAGCCCCUACCCCCGCGUGAAGGUGGACUUCGCUCUCUCGUGCCACGAAGAUCUGCUGCAGCCGCUGUCGGAGCCCAUGGAGUGGAGAUACCACAGCGUCGGCGAGGAGAUCAGCCUCGGACCCGCUUGCUGGCUCUGGGACUUUUUAAGACGAAGCCAACAGGUAAGACCUCGGGGCCGCGCCCGCCGACCUCCUCCUCACUGGUUUGCGUUGAUUCUAUGCAGGCGAGUGAUUUUUUGUUUGGCUGUUUGUUUCCUUUACGAGGCCGGCUACACCCCCGAGGACCCCCGGGAGCUCUGCGGGCGCCUGCUGACCACCUGCUACAUGGCCAGCGAGAACUCCUCCCAGGAGACCAGCGACAGGGCCCGGGAGUUGGCCCAGCAGAUCGGGAGCCACCACAUCGGCCUCAGCAUCGACCCCGCCGUGACGGCCGUCAUGAGCAUCUUCAGCCUGGUGACGGGGAAGAGGCCUCUGUUUGCGGCUCACGGGGGCAGCAGCAAGGAGAACCUGGCGCUGCAGAACGUGCAGGCUCGGCUCAGGAUGGUUGUCGCCUACCUUUUUGCUCAGCUGAGCCUCUGGGCCCGGGGCGCCCCCGGUGGGCUGCUGGUGCUGGGGUCCGCCAACGUGGACGAGAGCCUCCUGGGCUACCUGACGAAGUACGACUGCUCCAGCGCCGACAUCAACCCCAUCGGUGGCGUCAGCAAGACCGACCUGCGGGUCUUCGUCGAGUUUAGCGUCCAGCCGCCCUGACUUGCCUGUCUUGUUCGCAGCAUCCUGGCCGCCCCGGCCACCGCAGAGCUGGAGCCCUUGGCCGACGGACAGGUGUCCCAGACGGACGAGGAGGACAUGGGGAUGACGUACGCCGAGCUCUCGGUCUACGGGAGGCUCCGGAAGAUCGCCAAGACCGGCCCCUACAGCAUGUUCUGCAAACUCCUGCACCUGUGGAGGGACGUCUGCACCCCCCGGCAGGUGGCUGACAAGGUGAAGCGGUUCUUCUCCAAGUAUUCCGUGAACAGACACAAGAUGACCACGCUCACGCCCGCGUACCACGCCGAGAGCUACAGCCCCGACGACAACAGGUUCGACCUGCGGCCGUUCCUCUACCACGUGGGCUGGCCCUGGCAGUUCCGCUGCAUAGAAAACCAGGUGCUGCAGCUGGAGAGGAGGGAGCGGCAGGGCCUGGACGGUGUGGAGUGACCCCGGCCUGGCCCCACGUGGAGGGCCCCUCGCCGCCAGGAUCCCACGUGGGACGGCCGCCUCGCUGGUGACCUUGGCCGGUGACCUUGAGCAGGAGCCCAGCCUCUCCCUGCCCCGGGCAGGGAGAGCAUCGAGUCCUGUUUCAUGUUUCAGGGAGAGGCUGAAACAUGAUCAGUUAGUUCCUUAAGAAAAGGCUGAAAUAAAGAGAAGGCGAUUUCUAACCCUUGAA